AAAGAAUGACGUCAACUCCGGCCUUGUUCCUGCCCUUCUCAAGAUGGCGCUGCGGCCGGGAUCAUCGGGAGGCGGCAGUUUCAUGUAUCCUGUUGGAGGGAACUUGGGACCGCCGCAAGGCUUGGUGCCCCUACAGCAGCAGCAGCAGCAGCAACAACAACAGCCGCAGCAUCAGCAGCAUCAGCAUCAGCAGCAACAGGGUUUCCCAAUGGUUCAGGUCAUGCAACCAAAUAUGCAAGGCAUGAUGGGAAUCAACUUUGGGGGUCAGAUGCCUCCAGGAGCCAUGCCAAUGCAGGCCGGCAUGGCGAUGGGGAUGCAGGCCCCCGGAAUGCCGUUCAUGGGUCGGCCGCAAUUUAUGGGCAUGAGACCUGCCGGCCCGCAAUAUACCGCCGACAUGCAGAAGCAAAUGGCCGAGGAGCUUCAGAAGCGUUUGGAGCAGCAGCAGAAGAUGCUGGAGGAGGACCGGAAACGGCGGCAGUUUGAGGAGCAGAAGCAGAAGCUCAGGCUGCUCAGUAGCGUCAAACCCAAGAUGGGCGAGAAGAGCCGGGACGAUGCCCUGGAGGCGAUCAAGGGGAACCUGGACGGUUUUAGCAGAGACGCCAAGAUGCACCCCACGCCGUCGUCACAGAGCAAGAAACCAGACCUGACUUCAUCAUCGUCAUCAUCACCCUCUUCAUCCCACUCAUCUGUCGCCACUCCCUCCCUCCUCCCACCUUUGUCCAAGGACGAUGAUGAAUUUAGUGACUUUCAAGGGCCCACCUCUUCCAUCUCCUCCUCCUCUUCUCCCUCUGCAACCUCCUCCCACAGGACCGUCAUGACGGGCUCCCUCACGACCGGUUUGCCCGAGGAGGACGAGGAGUUUAGUGACUUUGUUCAGGGUCCCGUUGGUUCGGCAGACUCGCGCCUUUCCUCUCAAGUCCUCCCUUCCCUCCCUUCCUCUGUGUCCAUUCCCACUGCCACUCCUUCACACUCUGCCAUCAACAGCAGCUCACAAACUUCAUUUCAAGUGCUCUCAGCCUUGGUCAAGACAGCUGAUGAAAAACACGCAUGUUCCCCGUUCGCCCCCCCCCCUCUAGGCCCGUCCCUGGAAGAGAAGCUUUUCUCCUCUUGCGACCUCACGGCCGGCAAGACGGCGCACUUGACCUUUAAACCCAGGCGGAUUUUGACGGAAAUGAGUCCCAGAGCUAAAGUUUCCGCCCAGUUUCAGAGCAGCAGUAAGUCCAGGAACUGGGCCGCGCCCUCCGGGGACUUAAGUCUCCAGUCGGUCUUCGUCACGGAAAGGCCGCCCGAGGCCGUCGUGUCGGGGCCCGGUGUGGCCCCGACCGCUCCCGAGGCCUCCCGUCCGAGCAGUGGUCACAGCGGUGCCGUUGGUGUGUAUCCACAACAAGAACACAUGCAGUCCAUGCCGCCAGCUUGGCUUUACAACGAUAGCCUCAUCCCAGAGAUGUUCAAAAAAGUUCUGGAAUUCAGCAUGACUCCGGCUGGCAUCGACACGGCCAAGCUGUACCCGCUUCUCAUGUCGUCGGGUCUUCCUCGGGAAGCUUUGGGCCAAAUCUGGGCAUCGGCCAACCGCACGACGCCCGGCAUGCUGACGAAGGAGGAGCUCUACACCGUGCUGGCGCUGAUCGCUGUCGCUCAGAGCGGCCUGCCCGCAAUGAACGUGGAAAUCCUCAGUCAGUUUCCGUCCCCGCCGGUGCCCAACCUGCCGGCCCUGGCUAUGGCCUUAGCCCCCGUCAUGCCCCAGCACCAGCAGCCCAUGAUGACCCACCCGCCAGUGUCCAUGGCCAUGCCCACCCCGACAGUCAUGCCCCCACCCAUGACUGCGCCACAGGCUCCUCCUGCACCCGCCAACUUUGUUGCAAAUUUCCCUCCGGCCCAGGGGACCAAAGUGGAAGACGACGACUUCCAGGACUUCCAGGAGGCGCCCAAGGCUGGAACCGGUGACCAAGCCUUCACUGACUUCCAGGGCGAAUCCAGCGCAAAGUUCCCCGCCAGCACGGCGACACAGCAUCAAAACAGCGCACCCGCCAUGUUGACUCCUCUAUCCGGGACCUCGUCGGCCUCCUCUGAUAAGUACGCCGUCUUCAAGCAACUGUCUGUGGAGCAGCCCUCAGAAGUCACGCUCCCUCCAUCAGAUGCAGGAGACAAGUACAGUGUGUUUAGACACUUAGAAAACACCACAGACAAGAAACCACUAGGCGAGGGAUUUGCCGAUUUCAAGUCUGUCCGAAGUGACGACGGCUUCACGGACUUUAAAACCGCAGACAGCGUUUCUCCACUAGAGCCUUCGGAGCAGGCCAAGAUCUUCCAGCCUACCUUCCCUUCUGCUUUCCCAAACUCUCAGUCUUUGCAGCAACAGCAGCAGCCGCCGCCGCCAGCCGCUUCGAUUUCUCAAGGCAAGAACCCUCUCAACAUGGCAGACCUGGAUCUAUUCUCCACUAUGGCACCCUCCGCUCUGCCCGCCUCCGACACGCAAACUGGCACAUUAGCAAAUUCUCUGGUCCCCCCACCGAGCGCCGCCAAGCCGCCCAGCUUUGGGGACUUUGGCCUAUAUGGCGCUUCAUCCUCAGAUGCCGCUCAAGCUCCCGUGGCGGCGCCGCAGGACGACUUUGCCGACUUCAUGGCGUUCGGGAGUUCUGGCGCGGAGCCCAAAAGCGAGAGUAGCCCAGCCGUCCGCAUUGAGAGCGCCUCUCAGCAGAGCUUGGACAAGUACGACGUGUUCAAGCAGCUGUCCUUAGAAGGCGGCAGCAGCGGCGGCGGCCUGGCCUACGACGACGCCAAGGACAGCGGCGACGAUUUUGCCGACUUCCAGUCGUCUAAAUUCUGCACGGCGCUCGGCGCCUCGGAAAAGACCCUGGUGGACAAGGUGGCCGCCUUCAAGGGCAAGGAAGACUGCGCCUCAGUCAAGUCCCUGGACCUCCCGUCCAUCGGGAGCAGCAGCGCCGGGAAGGACGACUCUGAGGACGCGCUGUCGGUGCAGCUGGACAUGAAGCUCACUGACGUGGGCGGGGACUUGAAGCACGUGAUGUCGGACAGCUCGCUGGAUCUCACUGGGCUCUCGUCCCACCAGCCGCCCGCUACAGAGGUAGAUGACAUAAAAUUCGACCCGUUUGGGACUUCGGGCCUCAGCACCCUGGCCAGUUACGACUGGUCGGACCGGGAGGAGUGCGGCAGCGGCGACGUCCAGAAGCCGCUGGGCCACGUUGGCGCCAUUGCCGCCCCGCCACCUUUCACGCCCGCUCUAAAAGCUGAACUCAACCCGGAAAGCGUCUCGUCCGCCGAGAUCGCCUCGUCCCUCCAAGCGGAGGAUGACGAAUUCAAAGACUUCGCCGACUUCACCGGCAGCGAACGGCCGGGCGGUGAAGACCAAGACGACUUUGGGGACUUUGCCGGAACCGGUUCAGAGAAGCCCGACUCGCCUCCCGAGACCGGCUUAGAGGCCGGCCUGAGCGACACCGCGGACGACUUUGGCGCCUUCCAGGGAGACAAGCCCAAGUUUGGCAAGUCUGACUUCCUGAAGGCCAGCGCUCAGCCCAAAGUCAAAUCCAGCGAGGAGAUGAUCAAGAACGAGCUGGCCACAUUUGACUUGUCUGUUCAAGGCUCCCACAAGCGCAGUCACAGCUUGGGCGAGAAGGAGAUGUCUCGCCCGCCCGCAUCUCUGCCUCCAGACCAGCCCUUCCGAGACCGUUCCAGCACCCUCAGCGAGAAGCCCACCUUGCCCAUUAUCCGGGACAAGUACAAGGAUCUGACGGGGGAGGUGGAGGAGAGCGAGCGCUAUGCUUACGAGUGGCAGAGGUGUUUGGAAAGUGCUCUUGAGGUCAUCACCAAAGCCAACAACACGCUGAACAGCAUCAGCAGCUCCUCCGUGUGCACGGAGGUCAUCCAGUCCGUCCAGGGCAUGGAGUACCUUCUGGGUGUGGUGGAGGUCUACCGCGUGACCAGGCGGGUGGAGCUGGGCGUCAAGGCCACGGCGGUGUGCUCGGAGAAGCUGCAGCAGCUGCUGAAGGACAUCAACCGCGUGUGGAACAACCUCACCAGCUUCAUGUCGCUGGCCAAGCUGGUGCCCGAUGAAAGCUCUCUGGAUUUCACCUCCUGCAUUCUGCGGCACGGCAUCAAGAACGCCAAGGAGUUGGCGUGCGGCGUGUGCCUGCUCAAUGUGGACUCUCGCAGCAAGAGGAAAGAAGCAAGCACGCUGGGACGUCUUUUUAAACGAGCGUUGACUCCAGAAAGUGUUCGGAAGUCCAUGGCAUUCAACUCGGAGACGGACAACUUCAAGCUCGUGUACGGCGGGCACCAGUACCACGCCAGCUGCGCCAACUUCUGGAUCAACUGCGUGGAGCCCAAACCGCCGGGUCUCAUCUUGCCCGACCUGCUUUGAGUGACCAACUUUCACAGUUUUGUUCAUUUAUUCAUGUAGUCACGUCCACUGGCGGCCAUUUUACUCUUUGUGACUGGAUCCUGUCAAAAGCUUGAAGUUAAAAAGUUAAAAAAAAUAAUAAUUUGUUGAUCUAACACCCCAUUCAACCCCUUACACUGAGUGCCAAGCAGGGAAGAAAUGGGUCUCAUUUCUAUAGUGUUUGGUAUGACCCGGCUGGGGUUUGAACCCACAACCUUCCGGUCUCAGGGCGGAUACUCUACCACUAGACCACUGAUCUGGUAACUCUGGAAUGUAACAAAACAGAUGCUGACUUGAAUGUGUUCUUCUUUUAACUUUCCAUGUUUUUAAAUUCUUCUUGGCUGGAAGACACGUUUAUUUUUGCUUUUUCGUUUUGAAUGUCUCCCUGGUGUACAUUUUAGCUAAUCGGAGGAUGGGUUUUAUUUGGGCAUGUAAUUUAUUUGAGUUAUGUGAAUGUAAAUAAACAAAUGUCUGAUGA